AUGACAACGGGCAAUGCAUGGAGAUACCCAGCAGGUUGUUACAGUCGCUGCUGCCGAGAGAUGUAUCAUGGAGCGACUUCCAGCAGCCGAGUUUCAGUUGGGACCCACCGGCAUCUUCCAGUGGCCGCUCUGAUGCUCUGCGCUGAUGUCUUGCUUUGUGUGUGCACUGCGGAUCAGAUGUCCGCUCCUACCUGCACGGUGCUGAGUGUGAUGAAUGCGGAGGUGGAGAACCGGACCUACCAGGUGGGAGAGGUGCUGGGCUUCCAGUGCCUGGCCGGAUACCACCUCGACUUCCACUCCUCCCACCUCCAGCCCCGGUGCCGGGGAGAUGGAGAAUGGAGCUCAGUCCCCAAAUGCAUCAGCAACUUUGUGAUGGGCCGCUCGUCAGAGGUCGGUGCUGUGGAGACCUGCCCUGAACCCAGCCCUCCAGACCAUGGGGGGAGGCUCCCUUCCUCCCCCAGCCUCUUCCACGAGGGUGCUCUGAUCCGCUUCCACUGCCAGCACGGGUACAAACUGAGGGGCCCACCGAAGGCGGAGUGUGAGCGCCAGGAGGACGGAACCCUGGCAUGGGAGCCCAGCUCUGCACCACAAUGUCUCCCCGAAUGGACCGAGUGCCCCCUGCCAUCCAUUGAGGAUGCUGACGUGUACAACAUCACCUACCGUCCCGGGGACCGUCUGAUCAUCAGCUGUCACCAGGGCUUCCAGAUCCGUUACCCCGACAUGGACAUCAUGGCAGCAGUGUGUCCAGAGGAUGGGACAUGGGACAAUCUGCCCAGCUGCCAAGGGUGCCUGCGCCCCCGAGUGUUCCCCCACAGUUACGUUAACGUGUCGGAUUCCCUGACCACGUUCCCAGUGGGCUCCGUGCUGCGGUACCAGUGUUUCCCGGGAUACAAGCUGUCAGGUCCGGAGCUCCUGGAGUGUACCUACAACCUGCUGUGGUCAGCCGGACCCCCCGGCUGCCUGGACGUUGAAGCCUGCCCACUGCCCCCAAUCCCGUCGCAUGGAGACUACCUGUGCCACCCCUACCCCUGCGACCGGUACAUCCACGGCACCGUGCUGGAGUUCUACUGCGACCCCGGCUACUCGCUCGCCACUGACUACAAGUACGUCACCUGCCAGCACGGAGACUGGUUCCCCGCCAGCCAGGUCUUCUGCCAGACAAUCGGUCAGUCCUGGGCAGACAGUGAAGACUCCAUCCUGUCCACCUGGAAGGUGGUGGCCUUCACUGCCAUCAGCGUCCUCCUGGCCCUCCUCCUCCUCGUCUUCCUCAAGGCCUUCCAGAUCCGGCUGAAGUCUCCUUGCCAGUCUGGCGGUGAGGCGGAGGGGACAGGGAGCCAGACCUUCGUGGUGGUGGAGGGAGUGCCUGUCACGUUGCCCACCUAUGAAGAGGCCGUGUGCAGCUGCUCGGCGGACCAGCCGGACCCCCAGCUGGAGGCCCCUGCAGCCCAGGGGGAGCAGGUGCUCCAGACAUCCGACCAGAACCCCCCCGCCUACCCCGGCCGCAUCACCGACCCGCUCCUGGCCGCCAACCCGGUGGCCCCCGUCCGGCCCGGCCAGCUGGAGUGCGCGGGAGCAGAAGAACGGGAGGGGUCCUCGCCGUCCAUGUCCUUCGGCACGGCCGCCACCCACCCCAUGACGGAGGAGACGGGGGACAGCCCAGCAACGGGGGACACGGUCUCCACCUCCCCCAGCCUCAGUGUCCCGGACGGUGCUGCCUGACCCGCUGACUGUUCCCAUCACUUGUACCUCGGACAAGGUGGUGAAGGAAACAACAGGGAUCCCUCUACUUGGCACUCCCAGCCACUGAAGGCCAGAGCAGGGAAGUUACACUGGAACCGUGAGCAACGUUGAUUAGGCCCCAACUGUGCAGUGGUGGACACCGUGACACGGGACCAGAAAGGGUGCGGGCACGUCCCAGAGGCUGCCCACAGGGCUGGGACCUUGUGGCUGUGGAUGGGCCUGUGUUCCUUGUUACA